CCCGCACAACACACUGUACUGAGCACCCCAACUGACUGCCACCCCGCAGAACCCCCCCCCUCUCUCUUAAUACCCUCCUUUGUAAUGCCCUGGACCCGUUGACCAGCAACCAACCACUGUCCAUUCGAUCCGCUUCCUCGACCCUACAAAGUCGACCGAAUGCCUUACACUCCACCCACCCAGCGCUCCCCUGCAACCUCGAAGCCAAACAGCCCUAUCAUCAGUCGCAACCAUUCCUAUAGCGAGCAGUACCCGCUCUCGCCGGCCCACUUCCAGAGACCGGCGCUGCCUCGCUCCGUCUCCUCCACUUCGUACUUGAAUAAGCACCGUCGCUCGCCCUCCAUCUCCACGGCCAGCAACACGACCGCAAAUGGACAGCCCCCGACCAGCAACGUAAUAACUUCUUCGGAAGCUCGCCCAGGCUCUGGCCCGUCUACAAAUGGUAGCCUCCGCCAGUCUCCUCCCCCUGUGAACAAUCUUCUGAUUCCGUCAGGUGCCAUCACAACGCCCCCUGAUUCCUCAGACGACGACGAAGAGCGGGGUCGUGAUCUCGGCAACCUAAAAGAGCUCCAGGAAGCACUGCAACACAUCGAUGUCAAGAGGGGACAUUCACCCAACCGUGAUGGCACUUCGGACACCCCAGCCAACACAGCGACCUCGACACCUCCCGUCCCACUUGCUCGGUCGCUCUCGGCGGAGGCACGGAAGAUAUCUCACUCUCGGUCCUCGAGUGAGAUAACCCUGUCUAAACAUGCUGUGACACCACUUCACACUGAGCCACUCAUCAGUUCUUCUGAAGGCAGCGAUGUCGAGGAUGACGAGCUGCGGAUAAAACCGCCUCUUCUCCGCAAGAAGUCUGGUGAGUUGGUGAAGCCUGCCCUUCGGCCCUCGUCUCGUCGAAGGCCUUCGAGCAUGCCUGGAACUCCAACGUACUCUAAGGCCGUCCACUUCAACGAAGAUAUUGAGCAGGUGCGGCACUUCCUCCAGGUUGAUCGUCCUAUCGCCGUCAGUGCUGGAUCUUCUCCAGUGGAGACUUAUGACAGCGAGUCUGAGUAUCCCUUUGGCUACGAUGAGGGCUACAAGCCAAGUGUUCCUGAGUGGGAAAUCAAACUUGCUAACUUCCCGUCCGACACCUUUGAGCGGAAGACUAUGCCGGUUAGAGUGGACCGAAUCUUCCUGGCGUCAGAUCAUAAGACAUUAGUGGGCAACGUUGCUGUUGCCAACCUUGCCUUCCACAAGCUUGUCGUGGCUCGCUUUACUCUCGACUACUGGAAGACAACCUCAGAAGUCGUUGCUGAGUUCAAUCAGGACGUUCGGAAGAAGCAGACGAACGAUGGAUACGAUCGGUUCAACUUCAACAUCAAACUGGCUGACCAGGCAAACUUGGCAUCGAAGACGCUGCUUCUUUGUGUGCGAUAUAAUGUCAACGGACAAGAGUACUGGGACAACAAUGGGUCUAUGAAUUAUCAAGUUGAUUUCAUCAAGAAAACUAACCAGAAGGGAAAGGGACCUGGUACUGGUACCUUGGGCGUCAUCCCACGAAGCAGACACUCUCCCCCCGCCCCACGACCUCGUUCUAUGCCAGCUGGAUCUUUUGAUGACGACUUCGGCCAUGGUUUCGACUCCAAGUUCGAGUUCGGUUCUCGGGGUAUCAUUCGAGACUCGCCCAGUUCUUCAGUUCGUCUCAAGCCUAAGGGUAAACGAGGAAGCCUCUUCCCGGACCAAGCUCCUCGCCGGAACCCUGGUGGACAGGCCUUUUCCACACGCUAUGACUUCGGUGCUUCCCUCUCUGCUGCCCUGUCGAAUGCUCAAACUGCCCUUGGAGACCGAAGCGGCAUCAAAGCCAACAACGUCGAAAAGGCCCAUAACGGCUACUUCCACAAGAACCACGCAACCCCGAUGAAGUCCAUUCCUGCUGUUCCUGUUCCCGGAACUCGACCAGAUGCUUUGUCUUCGGAGAAACCGGACCUUCAAUCGGCGGAGUACAAUGAGUUGAUUCAGAAGUUUUGUUUCUUUGGCACCCCUACUGGUAAGGGUUCUCCGAAAGCAACUACUCCGUCAACCAAAACCGCCCACACCGAUGGGACGACGGAGUACAUUCUGAACAGUUCAUCUGGAAGCAAUCAGUCUUCUGCAUCAAAUAGUCCCCCUUCUCCUACCAUGUCUCAACUGGUUGAUGGCGCCAACGACCUAAGGUCAGCGUCCAGAAGCCCAAACCACUUUUUAUCCCGAUCGACAUCUCCCGGUCCGAUGACUGGAUCAGGCCCCGAAGAUCUUAGGACCUCCCCCUUCAAGUAUGGCUACAACAUGCACGGUAGCAUUUUCCCAGAGCCAACGCACACCCCCCAGGCCUGUGUGUAGCGGCAAGUGGCGGUUUGAGCGAAGAAACGACGAUGGAUGGCGAGUUGCUCA